AUGGGAAAUUGGCUAAAUAUUAUAAAAUGUAAAGGAAUGAAAAAACUUCAAGAUUUUCAUAUUUUAAGGAAGUUAGUAAAUUUAUGUUUUUUAACAAAAAAUUUUUCUUACUUUCGAAAUAACUUUUUUCUUUUUUUUUUUGUUUAUAGAAUUAUAUGA